AUGAAGUUCACCAACGUCGUCCUGGUUGCCGGUGCCGCAAGCGUGGCCUGUGCAUACCCCAGUGGAAGGGACGUUAUCCCCAACAAGCAAACCUCUUCUCUCAAGAAGCGUUCCAAUGGAUUCACCUGGCUCGGUGUUAGCGAGUCUGGUGCCGAAUUCGGCGAGCACAAUGUCCCCGGUACCCUGGGCAAAGACUACAUUUGGCCCGAGACCUCCAAGAUCCAGGUCCUGAGAGACGCGGGCAUGAACGUCUUCCGUGUCCCCUUCCUGAUGGAACGCCUGGUGCCAUCCACCAUGACCGGCUCCCCUGAUUCGACUUACCUGGCUGCUCUCAAGUCGACUGUCAAGUUUAUUACCGACAGCGGUGCUUAUGCCGUCCUCGACCCCCACAACUACGGAAGAUAUGGUGGCAGUGUCAUCACAUCUACCGGCGACUUCAAAACCUUCUGGAAGACCGUUGCUACCGAGUUCGCAUCCAAUGCCAAGGUCAUCUUCGAUACUAACAACGAAUACCACGAUAUGGACCAGACCCUCGUCCUGAACCUCAACCAGGCCGCUAUCAACGGUAUCCGUGCCGCCGGCGCCACCAGCCAGUACAUCUUCGUCGAAGGCAACGCCUGGUCCGGUGCCUGGUCAUGGACCAACAACAACGACAACCUGAAGGCUCUCACUGACUCCGAGGACAAGAUCGUCUACGAGAUGCACCAAUACCUUGACUCCGACAGCUCCGGUACCUCGGAGACCUGCGUCAGCAGCACCAUCGGCAAGGAGCGUCUCGAGUCCGCCACCAAGUGGCUGCAGAGCAACAACAAGCGGGGCUUCAUCGGCGAGUUCGCCGGCGGUGUCAACAGCGUCUGCAAGGAGGCCGUCGAAGGCAUGCUCUCCUACAUGUCCGAUAACAGCGAUGUCUGGAUGGGCGCCGAGUGGUGGUCUGCCGGUCCCUGGUGGGGAUCCUACAUGUACAGCUUGGAGCCGAGUGAGGGUCCUGCUUACUCUACCUACCUUCCCAUCCUUGAGAAGUACUUCGUGGACGGCACUGCUCCCGUCCCUACCUCUUCCUCCACCAAGACUGCCGCUUCCUCCACCAAGACUACUGCUUCAUCCACCAAGACCACCUCUUCCUCCACCAAGACCACCGCCCAGGCAUCCACCACCACUGCCGCCGCCAUCGAAGUGACCGCCGCCCCCAGCUCGACCAAGGAAUCCGGCUCUACCGUCUCUGCUCCCGCUGAAACCUCCGUUGCCGCUCCCAUUGUCACCGUUACCGCUCCCAUUGUUACCAUCACCAGCACUGUCAUCAUUAGCGCGCCCACCGCCACUGUCGCCCCGACCACCACCCAGGCUGCUCCUACCAACGGCCCCGCCACCGGAGGCGUUGCCAAGCACUGGUACCAGUGCGGUGGUCUCAACUGGACUGGCGCCACUACCUGUGAGACCGGUUACACCUGCCAGGAGCAGAACCCUUACUACCACCAGUGCCUUUAA